UGGCCAAUUUAAAAACUGCGGACCUGAAAAUGCAGAACCGUUAGAUUUGUCCCUUGCGGCUUCCUGUAGAUCAGCGCAGUCAUGUCUGCCUCCAUGGUCGUUCUCCACAGAUGCUGCCAGCGCUCAGCUCUUCUUGUUGCUAGGCGACAGUGGAUGUCCAGCUCAGCAUCUCGUCCUCCUCUUGUAUCGAGGCUUCUUCUUUUCCUCACGCAGAGAUUUUAUGACGUAGAAAUGCUUGUCAGCUGGAAGCAUCAUUUUAAAAGAAACCAGCUCCAGAAAACGAAUGCGUAUUAUGGCUACACUGAAAAGUUUUAUGGGACAGACAUAGCAGCAGCGUACUAUAUCUUAAAGCUUGGGGGAGGAGUUCGGUUUGUUGGCCAGUCCGAGUGGUUCCAUGCAGACAGAAGGGGAAAGUUCAGCUGGGAUUUCCUAAAGUUCAAAAACACUCCUCUAGAGGAAGUCGACAUGAGCCAGACUCUUAUCAACUACACUGGACUAAGAAACUUGGAGACGCAGAAACAGUUGCGGACUCUGAGGUUAAGAGGCUGUCCUGAGAUAGAUGAUUGGUUCCUGGCGAGACUCCACGUCUUCCAGGAUUCUUUGGAGGAGUUGGACAUCUCUGACUGUCCACGCAUCACCACAGGAGGCCUGGCUGCCCUCCGAAAUCUCAAGAGGCUGAAGCUGCUUUACGUAUCAUCUCUCCCGAGGGUUUCAUGUCCCGGUUUGGUGAUUAUCCUGUUGGAAGAGAUGUUACCUCAGUGUCAGAUCAUCGCUGAGGGCUACGACCACAGCGUGAGGCAGGCAGAGGGGGAGCGCAUGGAGAGCUGAAAGAGCCGGAAGGUUUCAUCAGCUGGUUGUGGACAUGAAACGGACUUUUCAUUGGUUUCAAUGAAAGCAGCUGAAAAAGUGAAGAUGUUGACUCUAAAUACAAUUUGUAAAAAAAAAAAAGAACUUUGUUUUCAAUACAAGUACAGUAAUGUUUAAAUUGUGAAAAUGACUUCUAUUGGUAAAAACUAUAAUAUACUGUAAGGUGUGUUGGAGGUUAUUGUAUGAGUGUAAACAUGACUGUAAAUAAAGACUAUACAGGUUCAAAUA